AUGGAAUCCCCAGUCAGCCAAAGCUCCAAGGUGGAAGGCGAAACCAAAGAUUUACCAAUGAAGUCAGAAACUCCGUCAAGAAAUAGUCCAAAAACAUCCAGCAGACGCUCUAGUCGUUCCGAAGAGAUUCCAAAUAAAGCGCCUGUUAAGGAAUCGCAAAACCAGCAAAGUGCAAAAAGUCAAACUUCCACGACACAACCAGUUUCAAGUUCCGUGGCCAAAAAGAGAAAACGACGUACAGUCAUAAAAAACGUUGAUUACUGUUCCGCAUGUGGUGGUCGUGGUUUGUUCCUCUGUUGUGAAUCUUGUCCUAGAAGUUUUCAUUUGUCUUGCUUGGACCCGCCGAUCACAGAAGAUGAAAUUCCAGAUGGAUCCUGGUACUGCACUUCAUGUUCUUUGACUCAGCAUGUACCUCCAAAACAGCCUCUUGGUUUAUGGUCCCAGCUUUUCGAUUGGGUCGAUUCGGCAAAUGUUUCCCAAUACAACUUACCCGAUGCAGUAAUACAUCACUUUCAUGGUAUAAGUCGAGACCCAAUUGGAAAAUAUGAAGAGCAAGAGCACAUUUCUUCAGAGGCAUCGUCUUCAUUGCCAAAAGACUCCUCUAUCACUGCUCUAGCAUACUGUGGUCAUUGUAAUAAACCUUCCGUGGGUGCUUGUAAAGUCUUUGGAUGUCAAGUUUGUGAUACGUUCUACCACAGGGAUUGCUUCAAGCAUACCAAAGCUUGUCGUCAUGAAGUUGCUAGCAAGCAUGGACUUCGCAUGCCUCAGAAUGCCGUUGUUGUCCGUACACCCGCUUUGCCUGAUAAAACCGUACUUUCCGAUACUCCCCCCUUGGUUUCAGGUUGGCAGCUUGCUGUUAAAGAAGAAGUAUUCGAUGAUAACUAUGUAAACUUUCCAAGACUGCCGGUCAGUUGUCUAUACAAGGUUUCAGUCGAUGGCCUUAUUAAGGACUUUCUGUAUACAGUUCAGCAGCAAAACAAAAGUUUAGAUAAAAGUCGCGAAAUGGAAGGCAAUAUUCAGCCUACUGUGAAGAGCGCAUUAAUGACAAAACGAAACCACCCAAAAUUGCCUGAAACGCUUAGAGAAAUGUUCCUCCAUUCCCAAUGA